AGAUCAAAAACUCUCUGGCUGAAUAUAUACACAUUUUACAUGCAACUCUUAUUAAUGUGGGGGAAUUCACUUGGUUGAUAAUGUGUUUAAAUUUGUUUUUAAUUUGUGUCUCCCACUUUUGUGAAAAUCAGCAAUAUUUGCCAUUUACCUCAUUGCACAAAGCCACUAAAUGUUGUUUCCAGUUUGGUGAAGCCUGUAUGUCAAUGGUAAGUACACAUACAGUGGUGCCGCCAAGGGGCCUCCUUGACUCUGCAUCAGGGAAGUGCAUGGUCCAUAUUUGUUUUUAAAGUCUCUUAGCAGUUAAUAAACAUGCAUUUCCUCCAGUUGGUCCUUCCUGUUGGGACGGUAUCAAGGCUCUGUUAAGUCUCUUUGAUUUCCAGUGCCCUCCAAUCACAGCAGGGGACCGACUCAUCAAUGUGCCACUUCAAAGCCUGAGAAUGGCUCUACUGGCCCCGCCCACAUUGGGAGUCCCCUUAAAAGUCAUGGUCGCCCCAUCCUGGAGGACCAAGCACCUCUGACACAAGUGGCACUAGGACAGGCCCUAAUAACAUCUGAUUAACCUUUGGCUUUUGGAUAUUUGCUUCUUCUACAACCAGGAAACUACAAGAGAGUGAAACAUUUGGAUAUUUCUAUACUUGGAUACUUUUACUAAUUCUUCUCCUUUUUACUGACCUUUUUCACAUUUUACUGCGUUCAGUGGAAAAUGCAGCCCAUCAGAGAUCUUAAGCCUAACUUCACUGGCCCACCUCCAGCUUCCAUGGCGGCUGGUCCUGAUGCCUAUCUCCAAGGCAACAUCAGAAUGACCCUGGAGGAUCCUGAGCUGUGGAAGUCCUUUCAUGAAAUAGGAACUGAGAUGAUCAUCACUAAACCUGGCCGGAGGAUGUUUCCACACUGCAAGGUCAACAUCUCCGGCCUCAUCCCAUGUGCCAAAUAUAUUCUACUGGUCGACAUGGUUCCUGAGGAUGGAUUCAGAUACAAAUGGAAUAAAGACAAAUGGGAGGUGGCAGGCAAAGCGGAGCCCCAGCCGCCGUGCAGGACCUACCUCCACCCAGAUUCCCCAGCCCCCGGGAGCCACUGGAUGAAGCAGUCUGUAUCCUUCCUCAAACUAAAGCUCACCAACAACACACUGGACCAGCAUGGACAUAUCAUUCUGCACUCUAUGCACCGCUACUAUCCCCGCUUCCACAUUGUCCAGGCUGAUGACCUCUUCAGUGUGCGCUGGAGCGUGUUCCAGACCUUCACUUUCCCCGAGACCUCCUUCACAGCAGUCACAGCCUACCAAAACACUAAGAUCACCAAACUCAAGAUUGAUCACAACCCCUUUGCUAAAGGAUUCCGAGAUGAGGGCACCAACAAGAAAAGACGUGCAAACAAGAGCCCAGAUAGUGCAGAGAAGAAAUCCAAGAUGACUGACAUGUUGGCACGAGACUCUGAGGAGGACAGCCAGCAAGACUUCUGCAGGCAGUCUUUUGAUAGUUUUGAUGGUGAAGAGGUGGACAAGCGGAAGGAGGUGGAGCCUGUGAAAGAGGAGACUUACUCCCCCUGGGCAGCAGAUCGGGAGCACAGCGUCAGGACAGAGUCUCCAAAUGGGGCAGAUACCCGGGACAUGUAUAAUGCAGAGCAGCUAGUACCGGCUCCUGCUUCCUACCAGCCCUACAGGUUCCACGAGUAUUCUGGCAAAUCCGUCUCGCCCUCUUCCACUGCUGGUAGAAGCAGCGUUGGCUUGGGACGUUUUGAGCCAAGAGUCCCAGAUGUUGCCACUGUUCCGGACCAUGACAACUCCAAAGCUGCCAGACCACAAGAUAUGGUUGCUUCCUCUUCCUCCUGUGCUCCUCAGAAUCUACCCCAGGACUAUACGGGCGUUCUCAAUAUGACCAUGGCCCAAGCUGGCAAACCUGGCGUGAUCGGACACCCCAUCUACAACCCCUAUGGCACAGCGGAGCAGCCAUUGGCACAGUGGAGCAACACAGCACCAUCUCAAUACCCAGCGCCCCAUCACCUGACAGCAGAUUACCCCACACAAGCGGUGCACCCUGGGUACCACCAUAGCAACGUGGCAGAGUGGAGCCAGUACCCUCUUUUCUCCUAUUCCUGCUGGUGAAUGAACACUGGAAGUCAAUGUGUUUGCAAUGUCUUGGAAAAGACUGAAUUUACUGAUGCUACUGUGCACAAAAAGGCUCGCUAAGAAGACGGUGCAUGCCCAGGACAGAAGCUAGAGGCCGGUCAUAGCAGAACAGUUCAGGAGUCAGAACGGAUGUGGUAUGUGCAAAUAGUGCUUUACUAUGAAGUAUGAUUGUCUAA